UAUACUUGAUAAAUUUUAAGUAGUAUGUUACAAUAAUAAUGAUAAUAUCCCAAGUUUAAAAAAAAUUCACUCACCUUUAAAAUAACCUUUCGUCAAAACUUCCGAAACAAAUAAAAACGCACCGUUUUACCAUUUUACUACCCGAAACUAUCUUUAUACAAUAUGUCGAAAAUUCAAGCUGGUUGGACCCCUGGAACGUUGCGUUUUAUGCCUACUAUUCAAAGAAAACCUGUUGCACAAUCAAAACCUAGGCUUACCUCCCGAGUUACAAUUUCCUCUCCUCCGGUUCCUGCUAUUGCAACUACCAAUCCAUCGGUGUCGAACCCUACUACUUCAAGUUCUUCCGCUACUGCCCUCACUACCGCUACUAUCAAUUCUACUACUUCUAAUGUUACAGCGAACCUAUCGGUUUUGAAUCAACAACAAACGAAUACUACUACCUUUUCGACUUCUGUUUCUGCCCAUAAUAAUACGUCACCUACUCAGGCUUUGGCUUCUUCCAUUGAUAACCGGUUAUCUAUUGCUACGAAUUCUACUACUUCUCCUCCUAAACAAAAUACUUUCUCGGAGGAUGUUAAUGAUUUCAAAUCUGUUUUGAACGUUCAAAGAAAUCAGCGUGGUUUUGAUAAAAAAAAACAGUUAAAUAAAGGUGGCAAAAAGCAAGCUCAGUUGUCUUUGGAAGAUGACUAUGACCCUACUCGACCUAAUGAUUAUGAAGAUUAUAAAGAAAUGGAAAAGAGGCGUAGAGAUGAUGAAAUUUAUCGUCGUCAAGAAGAACGCAAAAGACAAAGAUCUAUGAGCCCUGAGCGCGAUAGACGUUCCCCACGUCGUUAUUUUCCACCACCAUUAUUGUAUGAAGAUUCACCACCGAGUGAAGCAGAGAAUACUCCCCCUGUUUCUCAUACUCCUCCCGUUGCUCGUUCUCCACCUGCUAAAAUUGAUUUAGAUAUGACCGGUGAAGAAGCCUUUUUACGAAGAGCUCGAUUGAGCAAUCGUACUAUUGAGGAAACUUCAAAAUCACCUGAGCAAAAAUCCACAUCUGGUGGAUCUGGAGAGGAUUUUGCUCAUAGAAUGAUGGCUAAAUAUGGCUGGCAAGAAGGUCAAGGAUUGGGUAAGAACGAACAAGGUAUUAGUGAGCCACUAUCAGUUCAAAAAACUGAUAUUAGAUCAGGAAUUAUUGUCAAUAACAAUCCACCAACUAAAUCUGAUAGUAAAGAAAAUGAGAUUGCUGCAAAUAAUCUUCCAAAUACCGAACUACCCUCUAAAGUAAUUCUACUAACAAAUAUGGUUGGACCUGGUGAAGUAGAUGACACGCUUCAAGAAGAGACAGCUGAUGAAUGUAAUGAAAAAUACGGGACAGUUGAAAGAUGUCUCAUUUAUGAGGUACCACACAGAAAAUUACCGGAUGAUGAAGCGGUACGAAUAUUUGUAAAAUUUGAAGAUAUUGUAGCAGCGAUUAGAGCAAAAAAAGAUUUAAAUGGUAGAUUUUUUGGUGGUAGACAAGUUUCUGCUCAAUUUUUUGAUGAACAAAGAUUUGAUAGAUUGGAUUUAGCUCCAUCUCAAGCGGAAUUACAAAGAUCCAAACAAAAAGAAAAUUUUAAAUAAUGUGCGUUAAUUUAAAAUGAUUUGCUGUAUGUUAUUAUGUAAAGAAUUAUUGUAUUGUUGAUGUAAGAGAACAAAAAAAAAAGUUAUUGAAAUUAGAAAUUAAAUUUACUUAGCUUAAUUUAUAAUCAUUAUUUAUUUUUGUUAAUAUUUUUUUUU